AUUAGUGUGUGCAACAGUCUGAAUUUAAUAUGAGUGUUAAAAAAGGAAUUCCAAGUUUUUAUGACCCUUAACAAACUCAAUAAACUUUACACACACACACACACUUCAAAACAGGACACACAAGGAGUGAAGAGGUUGAGCUAAACCCUGAUUUUAUCUUAGUUUUUGAAUGCGCCUGUAUGACAGUGUGUGAUUAUUUGUAGAUUCGAGAUGGAUUUGAUGGUGGAAAAACAUGCCUUCAGGUAGACGGUGAGUGUUUGUGUGUAUAGGUAUGAGUGUGCGUUUGUGUGUGUUAGGGGGUGGGUGAACCGGUGCAUGUCAGACAGCAAAGAGCCACAGUUAUCUAGGAAUCUGAGCCAAAAGAGCCUCACAAACAGACGGGAGCGCGCAGGAGAGCGAGAGGGAGGGAAAGAGGAGAGAAGAUCAAAUAAAAGAGGACAGUAGGACAGGAGACUCGCUGGAGGAUAAUCUGUAGGACCUGAUGACAUAGCUACGAAUCUGAAGAGAGAAACAACAUCAGUGAUACAGGAGUUUUCAGGCAGUGUACAGGUGUCUCUAUCUCUCUGGACUCUUCUGGUGGCCUGAGCAGCAUGUGUGUGCGUGUCGUGCUGGUGUUUUUGCUGGGAGUGUAUAUGAUGUGUGUUCGUGUGUGGUGUCAGAGGGACAUUCUGGUGGCCGGACCCCCAAACAGUGCAACGUCAGCCCCCAAAAUACAUCAGCCACACUCUCAGGACUCGAGGCUCAGAAAGACUCCAGAGAACCGUAAACAUGCACAGGUGACUGACACCUCUGAGCGGCUCAUCCAGCUGCAGCGCUGUAUGCUUCAACAUGAAUCAGUGGCUAUGAGUCGGGGAGAUGGAUCAGACUCACUGGUCGCCUUUCUGGCUCUAAUGGCAGCGGUGCUGACCGAAUGUAACCUCCACUGCCAUAGUCAAAGACUCCGAGAGAUGGCCACCAGACUCGAAAGUGUGGUGGGCAAAAACGGGGAGAAAGAUUUGCUGCUGUUACUGAAGAGUAUCACACAUUCUAAACCUAAUAGCCUCAAACCAAGGACUCCUACAGUGCCUCCAUCUGCAGGGCUUUACCCUCAAGACUGUCAUGAAAUCUACCAAUUAGGAAUCAAAGAGAACGGAAUCUACACCAUACAGCCUGAUCCAAAGCAGCCAGCGCUGGAGGCUGUGUGUGACAUGGUUUCAGCUGGAGGAGGAUGGACGGUUUUCCAGCGCCGUUUUGAUGGAAAAACUGACUUUAACCGAACCUGGCAAGAGUACCGUGAUGGAUUUGGCUCCCCGCAGACAGAACACUGGCUAGGGAACGCAGUUCUGUAUGCAUUAACAGCCAACGGGCAACACACACUCCGCAUCACUCUACAAGAUUGGCACGAACAGACACGCCAUGCUAAUUAUAACAACUUUAAAGUGGCUGGAGAAAACCAGAGGUUCCGUCUGACUGCUCGAGAGUACCACGGUGAUGCUGGCAAUGCAUUCAGCUACAGCAAACAGUACAAUCAUGAUGGCAGAGCGUUCAGCACAUAUGACCGGGAUCAUGACCGCUACGCUGCUGGUAACUGUGCCCGCUACUAUGGUGCAGGCUGGUGGUUUGAUUCCUGUUUGGCUGCAAACCUCAAUGGACGCUUCUACCAUGGUCGUUACAGCGGCAUCACAGACGGCAUCUACUGGGGCACCUGGUAUAUACUGACUGAGUAUCGCACUGGGGAAAGAUAUUCAUUUAAGAGUGUUGAAAUGAAAACGAGACCCAGGCGAAGCUAAGAAAAAAGUCUUUUUUAAUGAGAAUUUCUUGAUAUGUUAUCAAACUCUUGCACUGCAUUUCAUCUCAAUUGACAUAUUUUAAACAAUCUUGUUUUUCUCAGAGUACACUAUCCAUUUUUAGUUACACCGUCUGAAAAAAAAAAAAACUGUGGACUUUAUCUACCAUAAACUGUAAAGAGUGAUAGAAGUAAACUGAGAGUAAACCCACUGUAACUCGGAACAGUUAAGUUGACCUAAUUUUAAUAAUUAUGCACAUAGUUCAUUUACUUAAUCAUUUAAAGGCAACAGGUUUACUCACUUUAAUUUACUUUAAAAUCAAUGGGUAUACUCAAUUUAAAAGUAAAUUAAACUAAUAGCUUUUUACAGCGUAGAUAUACAGUACAGAUGCCACAUUCAACCACAUUAAACACUUACCCAUUGAAGUGUCUAAUGUGGUUGAAUGUGGGACUAUCUUGUAAUGGUCAACGUCUUUCACUUACAAUAUUAAUGGCUGAGUUUUCCCCGAUGGUGCAACAUUUAACAGCCUCUAAAAUCUCCCAAGACUAAUAUUUCUGAAGUAAUGGGGAAAUCAUUCAUCAGUAGAAAUGUCUGAGUUUUUCUAUUAUACAUAUUACCUCGGAAUAAAACUAUAUAUACAG